CGUCUUCCUCGUGUUCAAUGUCUUCUUCUGCUACCAUGGGUCGCCGUCUUUACCUUGGAAAGCUUCCCCCCGACACCGCCCCGGAGGAUGUCAAGAAGACGUUCGGUGCCUAUGGCACGGUCGUCGACUGCAGGGUCAUGACUGGAUUUGGCUUCAUCGAGUACGAGUCCAGCAAGGAUGCUGAGGACGCCGUCAACGAGAUGAACGGCAAGACUUUCAAUGGCAACAGCAUUGCCGUCGAGUUUGCCCGCGAGAAUCGCCCGCGCCGCGAGCCGUACGAGCGUGACCGAGAAUACGGUGCUCCCCGCCGCCGCCCCGGCGGUUUCCGUGUUCUCGUUACGGGCGUCUCUCGCGACACUAGCUGGCAGGACCUCAAGGACUUUGGACGUGAGGCCGGUAGCGUAACCUUUGCCGACAUUGACCGGGACGUUCCCGGACAAGGUGUCCUCGAGUACAUGUCGCGCGACGAUGCGGACCAUGCUGUCCGCUAUCUCGACCGCCGUGACCUUCGUGGACACCCGGUUAACGUGACUCUUGAUGAUUCUCGUGGCGGCGCCGAUAACUAUCGUCGGGACAGCCGCUACGACCGCGACGAUCGCCGCGACUAUGACCGUCGUGACUAUGAUCGUCGCGAUGACCGCGGCUACCGUGGUGGUAGGUCCAGGUCGCCCCGGCGCGACCGCUACGACGACCGCCGUGCGCGCUCUCCCCCGCCCAGGCGAGACCUCGACGACCGGAAACCCUCAGGGUACGACGGUUAUUCUCGCUAUGAUUAUGAUUAUCCAUAUGAACGUCGUAGACCCGACGAUCGCGAUCGCCGGCGUGACGACAAAGUGGAGGACCGGCCGAGCAGGAGCAGCGGGGGCGACAGGGACCGUGACAGCAGCCGUUGGUGAUUUGGUCUAGGUUCGGGAAUAGGCGCGAGGUGCCCGGGGACGGGACGAAUGGACGGACGACGAAGAGGUGAGGAUCAGGUCCCCGCGGAUUCCAGGUUUUUUCUCUUUCUGGCGCGCCUUCAAAAAGACGGUCGUAGAUGUGCUCGCCCAAAAUGCUUGUUCGUAUGGAGCGGAUGGUGUAUCCCGCUCAAUGGUGUAUUCCGCCUUGCCUUGUACUCCUUCCUUGGUCGAUACGCGUGGCCCUGAAAUCGGAUCCUCUAUAUAAUUGCGCGACGGGCAAGGCCUU